AUGAUUUCGUCCCGUGCCACCAAGUUCCAACCCCACCCCGCCAUUUUUGUACGGAUCUACGCGAUCGAGUUUGGCGCUCGUGGUCUGUCCGUCCUCCCUUUUCAACGAAAGGAUUUCGCGGCGCGUCGGGAGUGGUACACCAAAUCAUCGGUGAAUCUGAACAACUUCACACCGUCCGUUCAUCUACCGAAAGCGGAGAGGCCCCGGUCAAUCGCCGAUGUCUCGAGCGCUCUUACAGUUCUCCACGUGUUCACCGAGAAAUUCUUCGAUCAGUCCACACGCCGUCUCGUAGGUGCAGCUCGCGAGUUUGACGAGAAUCUCUGCAGUUUCUGCCAGUCGGCAGCCCAGGACGUUGAAUCACUUGUCUUCUGGUUUGAUCGUGUUUUUGAGGAUUAUCGUACCGCUGCAGUAUCAGAUGCGAGGACUGGCGCGUCCUCCCGCACGGAAGUGAAGCUCACGCUCUCCUUUCGCGACCCGGAAUUACAAAGCGUCGUAUACGUCAUCCAGUCCGAGCGUGUCCUCUCGCUGACACUAUCUCAACGACCGCGCCCAGCAAAUGAUACGUUACAUCUUGCCAACGGCAACCGCCGCCACGAGCCGGCUCGAGCCGCGAGAAAAACUCCGAGCGACGUCAUUGAAGCGCUUCCUAAGAAGGACGGACUCUCGGUCUGCAUGAAGUAUCUCUCACGCAGAGGAUGCAGCUCCCGGUCGGACGAACAUUGUGCGUUUCCAAACCACGUGCACUUCAUACCGGCUUCGCUGGACCCGGUGGUACGCAAUCACAUCCAGCACAACAUGGGCGAUCUGCGCCGUGAACUCACUCAAUGA